AUGCUCCAUGUGUCCAACCUCACCCGCAACGUUAAGGCGGACCACCUCAAGGAGAUCUUCGGGUCGUACGGCAAGGUAACCUCGGUCGACCUGGCCGUCGACAAGCGGGUCAACCUGCCCAAGGGCUAUGCCUUCGUGGAGUUCGUGGAGAGGGCAGAGGCGGAGCAGGCGCAGCUUUACCUGGACGGAGGGCAGCUGGACGGCAACAGGAUCAAGGUGGCCUUCGUGCUGGUGACCAAGAAGCGCAGGCAGUCGCCCUCGCCCAGGUCGAGGGAAGCUGAACGGCGUGAGCGCGAGCGCGAGCGUGAACGUGCCGGCCGCGGCCGCUUCGCCGGACAGGCGCGCGGAAGCUUCGGCAAUGGCAGCGGGAGCUUCAGCGGCCAGGGAGGCGGUGGAGGCGGCGGAGGACACUACGGGCCCGCCGGGGGCGGCGGCGGAUCCGGCGGCGGUGGAGGCUACGGCGCCAUGGCCGCGGGGGCUGGCUUCCGCGGGAGGGACCGAUCGCCGCCCCGUGGCGACCGGAGGGGGAGUGGGGGAUUCGGCGGGUCUACCUCGUAUGCCGACAGGGCACGGAGCCCCCCUCGGAGGAGAUCCUCCCCCCCCCGCAACCGCCGCUCCGACAGGAGGAGCCGCAGCCCUGUGCGCCGUCGUCGGUCUCCCUCGCCCAGGAGGAGGUCGUUCGGAAACAGGCGCAGGUCGCGCAGCAGGAGCCGGUCCCGCAGCCGCAGCAGGAACAGGCGCCGUGGGGGCCGGUCGUCCUCAUCCUCCAGCUCCGGCAGCGGCAGCGGCAGCGGCAGCGGCAGCGGCAGCGGCAGCGGUAGGAGCCGCAGCAGGAGCUCCGCGUCCAAGUCGAGCUCCUCGUCGAGCAAGAGCGGCGGCGGCAGCAACAGGAGGUCGGCGUCCCGCUCUCCGGCGGCGAAAGCCCCAGCCACCGCGGAGGCGUGAUGCGGAAAUUUCCAAGAAGUUUCUCACUGCUGGAGGGGAAGUUUUCUCUGUCGGCGGUUCCUCACGGGCGGGGCACCGUGUGAAGCGCGUGUAGGGCACCCCCCGUUCAACGCCUCCCUUCAGCAAAGUUCAGUGCACGCAUAGUGCGUUGUCGGAAGAGUAGAGGGGGCGCCAAAGACCUGAUGUAUCAAGAGCUUCUUCGACAAAACAAGAACAUACCACACCGUUAUGCAUGUUUGGUUCGGUUUUUUCGCCCUUUUCUCAUUUUCGACUUUGUUUGACUGCCGGCCAACAAGUUGUAGCCGGGGGUGGGGGAGGUACGCACUGGCGGCGUGUGCCUUGUGGAACAUAAUGAAAGAUGAUAUUCAACGACUUGAGGGUGUAGGGGUGCAAGGUAUGCAUAGUGUGGUUGCGACGGCGUGAUCUCAAAGAGCUGCUUCGUAAGAGAUGGCGCUUCGGUAUUGUUCGGGGGAUGGAAAGGAUCGAGUAGGGGAGGGGAGCGCGCACCCCCAUGGUUCUGUCCCUGUGUUAAAAGGUCGAUGCGUCUGUCGGUUGCGGCUGAUCGUGGCGUGAACAUGGCAAAUUCGUGACACCUCUGUGUGGACGUGGGUGGCAACCGCGCGUAGCAGGCGCCCGGAGAAAAGUAGUUACUACGGAGUAUUUCUUAGGAUGGAAGGUUCUUCAGAACUGUCCCAGGAUCAU